AUGUAUGAAAACACGCGCGUAUCACCGCGAGUAUUUACGGCGAUACAGAAUGUCGAUAUCAAAGAGCUGUCGUUGUGCUCGCACAAGGAGAUCAGACCUAUCUUACCGUGUUUGGUUAGGAUGAGCCUCAUCUCACCGUUGGACAUAACGAAGGAUUGCGUGGAAGGUAGAAAGCAAGUUCUGACGAUAUUAUCCGGUAUUGAGUCCGUCAAUUCUAUUAUCGCCCUAUUAUCGAUCGAUUUCCACGCCCUUGAAACCGACGUCCGACAAGAGCAGCAAUUGAGACAGAAGCUUGGUAGUGUUCAACGAGACAGUGUGCUGGCCCAGUCCUUGCAGAGUGGUCUAGCACUAGAGUUUGAACGCAGUGAGUCUAUUCGUAGAAUCAGAUUGGUGUUGAGUGAGAUCUUGUUUAUAGCAUCUCAAAUACAGGAAUUGCAAAAGAAUCAAGAGUUUCAGAUUAAGCAGUCAGAUCUGUUUGACAAUGCAGUCUAUAUGGAAGAGAUAAGUUAUGUCAUCUGCAUUGCUCUUGCUGAACUGCCAACAUUAUUAUCCAUCUUGGACAUAGCAGAGACCCUUCUGCAUGUCAAACAUGGUCCUGAUAUUAUCUGUUGGAUUGUUGCCAACAGUCCAGACAGUUUUUCGGAGGUGUGUGCGCAUCUGAUUGCUAAUGGAGAACGACAAGAAGAAUCAGCGUUAGGCAGGAUCAGGACACAAGCCAUCAUAAUGCUUUGUCAGAUGAAUCCGAGUCAAGCACUGGCAAUUAGAGCUAAAUGCGUAGAGUUAUGUCGGAUGCCUGCUCUGGCUAUCACUCUGAGCUUAGAGCAUGAAAACACAAACAACUUGCAGCCUGAGAGUGAUGUAGUCGCCUUUGUGUCCGGAUUGCUACUUGGUAGCGACCAACAAGUACGCUCUUGGAUCGCUAUGUUUAUUAGGAACGGACAGAAAAAUCGUGGUAAAUCGCAGUGGGAAUCGCAGACGGCUCUGCAAUUAUUACGGGAGGAACUACUAAAACGACUGCAGACGAUUGCAUCACAGAGCACAGACAGUCAAUUAGCGGAGUCGCAAGUUGUGCAAGCGAGCGCGUUGCUCAGGCUCUACUGUGCUCUGCGAGGUAUCGGUGGUAUUAAGUUUCAAGAUGAUGAAGUUGCAAUGAUCGUUCAGCUUCUGACGUCGCAUCCUCCGCCAUCACCCGCUGGUGUUAGAUUCGUGUCGCUUGGUUUGUGCAUGUUGAUAGCAUGCCCUUCCCUGAUUGGGCAUCACAAUCUAGAGAAGCGUAGCAUCGAGUGGGUGCAAUGGCUGGUACGAGAAGAGGCCUACUUCGAAAGCGCAAGCGGCGUUACUGCCAGUUUUGGUGAAAUGCUGUUGCUGAUGGCGAUACACUUUCACAGCAAUCAGUUAUCAGCGAUUUGUGAGUUGGUUUGUGCCACACUCGGCAUGAAGAUACCAAUCAGGCCUAACAAUCUCACACGGAUCAAGCAAAUCUUCAUGCAGGAAAUUUUCACGGAACAGGUGGUCACUGCGCAUGCAGUUAAGGUACCAGUCACAGCGAAUUUAAACGCUAAUAUCCCUGGCUUCCUACCAGUGCAUUGCAUCCAUCAGUUGUUAAAGUCACGUGCUUUCGCAAAACACCGGGUGCCAAUUAAAAAUUGGAUAUACCGGCAGAUCUGUGCCAGCGUACCGCCAUUGCAUCCGGUUCUACCGGCUCUAGUUGAGGUCUACGUGAAUUCUAUUCUGAUGACGAACAACAAAACGUCCGAGCACACAAAUAAGCCUAUUACCGAGAACGAAAUCUGUCGGGUAUUUCAGAAUAGUAUGUUUGGAGCAAAUUUUGAUUUCAAGAAAAAUCCCGUUAACACCAUGCAGAUAGAUGCUGACAGUAUGGACAUUGACACGUCGAAACCUUCGCUCACCUCACAGUUAUUACUGCUCUAUUACCUUCUGCUCUAUGAAGACGUGAGAUUGUCCAAUAUGCACACCUUCAUAUCACAAGGCAGAAAAGUCAAGUCGUACUCGACAGAGUUUCUGUCUGAAUUACCAAUUAAAUAUCUACUACAAUUAGUCCAGCGGGACCAGAUGAACUAUGCAAGCUUGUUCUCACCACUUCUUCGAUUACUGGCUACACAUUUUCCUCAUCUGUCUCUCGUGGAUGACUGGCUCGACGAUGAAAUGAUUAACAUAGAUACCGUCAUCGCGAGCUACGAAAGCACGAAAAUUAGCGAUAUUGCGAUCAUUGAGGCAUUCAGCCACGUCAAAACUUGUCCAUCGAGGACCGGUAGAUUAUUGAGACAACUUAUGACGCUGAAACCAACUGAAAUCUGGCCUCAUGCAGAGUUAAUAAUACACUAUUUCAAGGACAUUCUUGAUGAGCAGGUCCCUAGAUAUAUACAAGAACUUUAUAAACAAGUAUGGCUGAGACUUAAUACUGUAUUACCACGUUGUUUAUGGGUUCUUUCCAUAAAUGCGUUGUUAAUAGAAAAUUCAAUAGUGAAAAAUGUGUUUUUAACACAAGACAAUAUUGUAUUAGAUCCAUUGCAAGUAUUGAGAUGUGAUACAAGAGUUUUUAGAUGUGCGCCGAUUUUAUCCGUAAUUCUGAGGAUUUUACAAGCUACAUUAGCUGCCUCGCGAUCUCAAUUAGCCAGACAUAUGCUGGAUAAACCUCUGACUGAAAAAAUCGGACAAUUGACAAGCGAAACGGAAAGAGAAGAUUUGAGGAUAGCUUUGGUGGCAGGUCAAGAAAGCGCAGCAGUGCAGAUUUUGUUAGAAGCAUGCUUGGAGACGGACGAAGAUAAAAAAACUCCCGGACAAAUGUGGUCCCUCCGGGAAAUACGAAGUGUUGUAUGUUCAUACUUACAUCAAGUGUUCAUAGCUGAUCCAUCUUUGGCCAAAUUAGUUCACUUUCAGGGUUAUCCUCGAAAAUUGUUACCGAUCACAGUUUCCGGAAUUCCAUCUAUGCACAUAUGCCUUGACUGGAUUCCAGAAUUAUUGUCACAACCUGAAUCAGAGAAACAAAUAUUUGCCGUUGACUUGGCUUCGCACCUGGCGAUUCAGUAUGCUCUGCCGAAAGCUUUAAGUGUUUCUCGAUUGGCGAUUAAUACAUUGAUAACGCUUUUGGGCGUAUUAUCUGCUGAGGAUCGAGUUGUUCUCUUCAUGCCAGUGUUAUCAUCAUUGACGCGAAUAUGCUUGGCUUUUCCUCCAUUGGCUGAGGAUAUUACAGGAUUGUUAUUACAGCUUGGUAGGGUUAGUACGGCUCAAGCAGCACUGGGUGAUAAAGCAGCGGAUUUGUUAUGUCAAGAAGUGAACAUGACAUUUUGCACAUUACUGCAGAAAGCUAUAUUGCAAUCGCGAGUUUACUGA